AUGCACAUUCCCCCAUUUUUCUUUCUUUCUUUCGCCUGUGCACAGCCAUCUGCAGCGUGGCUUGUCACAUACUACGCUACCGAAACAGUCUUGCCUCUCGCGUGGGGAGGCUCAACAAUAUCCAUCACGCCAGUUGUGACGACCGAACCUCUCACCGUCAAGCCAAUAUCCACAUCGACUGACUAUAACACCGACUAUGCCGGAGGAGGCAACCUAGCUUCUGGCAUAAUCAACGUCACAACGGAAUACUUCAUUUUGCCAAAUAUCACUGGCCUGCCUGUCAGCGCCUUCUACCUCUUCGGAAAACCGGCGGAAUCCAACACUGCGAGUCCGACUAUUACCACCCAUUACUAUGCCCCAGUUACCCUGAGCAACCCAACAUCGUGCACGAAGACUACAUUCACUUACACUGAUUCUGUCGAUGUUGACCUGCCUGACACUCUGACCGCACAGGCAACGGAUUCCAGCCUUGCAACGUACGUCACAACCUAUGUAUCAACCAUUCGUACCGAUCUCGGUGGUCAAGCUGUGACUACUUCACGGUGCGACGUGUAUCUGAAUAGCAAAGCUAUCCCUUCGGCGACGAUUUUCAAUGACAGAUUCCUUACCGAGUGUGUCGAUCCUCGACGAGCUACAUGCAGCGCAGGAGAGAAUCAGAAGGCCACUGGCUCGGGAGGAUGCAACGGGAUAUAUCCACCAACUGGGGCAUCGAACCCUACAUCAAAAUCUACUGCUGGAGGUGCCGAACAGCCGAUUAAGACAGGCGGAGCCUCCAUUACAAGGCAAUCGAUUGCCCCGAUAGUGCUUUGGACCUUGGGAAUAAGUGUCUGGUUUGUAUUGGCUUAA